GUAUUCGCGUUCAAUUUUCAAUCACACGUCUGGGGAUUUCCACCUUGUGAUGUCAGAAUGAAACUGAAUUUUAAAACCUUUAACCUAAUUUUUGUUGUAAAUGUAUACUCUAUUCAAUAUACAACAUAGACAGUGUUGGCUUCUAUUCUCAGGAUGUUUGAGAUAUUUUUGACAUUUGAUCAGUGUGUGCCUGCCUCAUCUAUUUCUGUCACAGCUUCUGCGUGUGUUGCUGCUCUGCUCACAGUUGGUUUGUGCACGUUGGCCUGCAAUGGUGGCGUAAAAGCUGAUUCCUAGCGUCAUUCGUCAUGGAUCUGUAUGAGAUCAGGGGAAGUAGAUUGGACGUCAUUGCAGAAGAAACUGAAUACCAGGAGUUGAAUAGAGACAUGGCCAGCCCUCUGAAGAAGUCCCCUGGAGUGAAGGAUAGACAUGAUGAUAUGUUUGGCAAUGGUCGUAUUGAGAGUGACAUCAACAGCUCCAGGAAUCAGUUGCAAGAGAAGGUGGCUGAGAUGGAGAACUUUGCAGGACACCUGGAAGAAAUUUUUCUCACUGUUGAGGAGAAUUUUGGCAGACGUGAGCAACACUUGGAGCAUCACUACACAGAUGUUCUUCAGACAAUAUCGCAGCGUUAUGACGAGCGAGCAGCUAGAUUGGAAGAUGAAAAGAAGAGGAAGCUGGAGGCCCUUUACACUCAGCUGCUGGCCUGUGGGCACGCAUUGGAUGCCUCCAAGGAGCUCAUAGAGGAGGCUAAGGAGGUUUAUCGGAGCCAGGACAAAAGGGUUUUUCUCAAGACAGUUGUUCCAACCCUUAAACGAAUUGAGGAGUUUGCCAAAGAAGAGAUGGACCUCACACUGGCAACAAAUCUUGAUUUUGAAACGCCGCUCGCUGAUCUGUCAGAUGUCAAAAGCAUGAUGGACUCCAUCAACAUCGUUCCAGCUCCAUCCGCCCCGGUUAUCAACCCCCAAAUGGCGAACUCGGCCACCCAGACAUCUCUGCGUGUAUGCUGGAGUCUGUUCUCUGACGACACGGUGGAGUUCUACGAGCUGUACUACAGACUGGUGCUGCAGAAUGCGCCUCUGGACAGCACUACUGCCCCACAAGUAAGGAAGGCAAAAGUGAAAGAGACCCACUGCACUGUGAAAGAACUUCUGCCUGGUGCUCAAUAUGAGCUCUGGGUGACAGCCACCAACACAACAGGCAUCAGCCCAGCCAGUGAGAAGGCCUUAUACAUGACAGUUCCAUCUCCUCCAGUGAUCAAGCAGAGGCAGUGUUGCAGCUGCCCGGAGGCUGCUCUCAUACGCUGGGAGUCGGGAAACCCUGACCCUGUUGACUCCUAUACUGUGGAGCUGACCGAACUGAAAGGGUCAGACGGCAAUGAGAAAGGGGUCACUGAGUCUGUAGUAGCAGUACCCACGUGCCAGUGUUUGAUUCAGCUUCAAGCAGGUCACUGUUACCUCAUCUCAGUGAGAGCGGUCAAUAUCGGUGGGCCCAGCGACAGGAGUAAGGAAAUAUGCAUUUCCACCUCUGGGACAUUUUUCUAUCUUCUUGAGGAGACUGCCCAUCCGUGCCUGUCAAUAUCUGAGGAUGGUUUCACUAUUUUCUAUGGAGAUGAAGAGCUGCCAAUCAGCGCUAUGGCCUUAGAUGAUGACAACUUCACCAGGUGUGUAGCAGUCCUUGGGGAUCUAAUUCCAGUGCGAGCUCGGCAUUACUGGGAAGUGGAGGUGGAUGACAGAACAGAGUUCAGGAUUGGAGUAGCAUACGAGGACACAGAGAGAAAUUCCUACCUGGGAGGCAACAACACCUCCUGGUGUAUGAGACACAUCCUCACUACUUCUAGGCACAAGUAUGAGUUUUUACACAGUGGUCAGAGCCCUGACCUGAGGAUCACAGUGAACCCAGUCCGAAUAGGGUUGGCUUUGGACUAUGACUGGGGCACUCUGUCGUUCUUCAAUGUGGAUCUGGAACAACACCUGCAUACCUUCCAGUGUCAAUUUCAGCGUUAUGUCCAGCCGUGCUUUGGUCUGGACAGCCCAGGAGCUCUGACCAUACACAAUGGCAUAGAGGCUCCAAAAUAUGCAUUCAUAGAGCAUCCUUAAUCUCAUUCAAAAAAAUUAGUCAGGUUAAAUAUAAGUCCUUUGUAGGCGUUUUUAUUAUAGUAUUCCAUGGGAACAGACAUCCAUCAUUUUCCGAGAGAAGAAAAAGCUCUAAGUGAUCCGUAUUCAAUUCAGAACAAAUAAAGCGGGCUGAUUUGUGGUCAA